UGCGUCCGGCCAAUCGGAUUUCCCCGCUGUUAUGGCGCAGGCGCGGUGAAACUGUCAUGGCAGCCUUGUAGUGUUUUCGACGUUCCGUACCCCAGGACUGUGUUACUGUGUGCUGGGACUGUCACUGCGCCCUGUGAGCGGCAUGGCGGCUGCCGGAGGUGGCAGCAGAUCCUUCCUAGCGGACGCUGGUCAUGGGGAACAGGAGCUGGAUGCCAACUCGGCUCUCAUGGAGCUAGAUAAAGGGUUAAGAUCUGGUAAACUUGGGGAGCAGUGUGAAGCCGUUGUCCGUUUUCCAAGACUGUUUAAAAAAUAUCCGUUUCCAAUUCUCAUUAAUUCUGCAUUUCUCAAACUGGCAGAUGUGUUCAGAGUUGGCAAUAAUUUUCUGCGUCUGUGUGUUCUGAAAGUGACACAGCAGAGUGAGAAACAUCUAGAAAAGAUCCUGAAUGUGGAUGAGUUUGUGAAGAGGAUCUUCUCGGUCAUUCAUAGCAAUGACCCAGUAGCUCGCGCUAUUACUCUGCGAACGUUAGGAAGCAUGGCAUCCAUAAUUCCUGACCGGAAGAAUGCCCAUCACAGUAUACGUCAGUGCCUGGAUUCCCAUGACAACGUGGAGGUUGAAGCAGCUAUAUUUGCUGCAGCUCGCUUCUCUGCACAGUCAAAAGAUUUUGCUACUGGAAUCUGCAACAAAAUUGGAGAAAUGAUACAAGGCUUGGCCACACCAAUUGAUUUGAAGCUGAAACUUAUUCCUAUUCUCCAGCACAUGCACCAUGAUGCCAUCUUGGCCUCCAACAGCCGUCAGCUUCUCCAGCAGCUUGUGACCUCGUAUCCCUCUACAAAGAUGCUCAUAGUCACACUGCACACCUUCACCUUGCUGGCCGCCUCCUCCUUGGUGGACAUUCCCAAGCAGAUCCAGCUUUUGCUGCAGUACCUGAAAAAUGACCCCAGGAAAGCAGUAAAAAGACUUUCGAUUCAGGACCUGAAGUUUCUGGCCAACAGGACCCCUCAUACGUGGAGCAGAGACAACAUUCAGGCUCUAUGUGAAUGCGCACUCCAAACACCGUAUGACAGCCUGAAACUGGGAAUGAUCUCAGUCCUCUCAACACUGUCUGGGAGCAUCUGCAUAAAACAAUACUUCCAUGCAAUCCCAGGGACCAAAUCGGGUACAGCCAGGUAUACAGAUCUGGUUAAGCUGGCACAGGAGUGCAGUUACCACAGUAACCGCGGCAUCGCCGCCCACGGUGUAACAGUUCUCACCAAUAUUGUGUCGUCUUGUCAGGAUAUAGAUCACCUAUCUCUGGAAAAGGACGCAGUGUUCGGUCUGGAAUCUCUUCUUGUCCUAUGCAGUCAGGAUAGCAGUGCCGGAGCCCAGCAAACAUUAAAGACUGCUCUGUCCUGUAUGGUGAAGCUGGCAAAGUGCCGUCCUUAUCUGAGCCAGUCUGUGGUGGAGUCCCUGCUGACACAGCUGCACAGCGCACAGGACUCUGCCAGGGUGUAUCUGUGCCAUUGUUUGGCCUCCGUUGCCAUGCAGCUGCCAGUGUUGGGGGAUGGAAUGCUGGGCGACCUGGUAGAGCUGUACAAAGUCAUUGGGAGAUCAGCAACAGACAAACAGCAGGAGCUUCUGGUCGCUCUUGCUACCGUUAUUUUUGUGGCAAGUCAGAAAGCCCUGUCGCCUGAAGUGAAGACUGUCAUAAAACAGCAGCUUGAGAAUGUCUCUAAUGGAUGGACUGUGUACAGGAUAGCAAGGCAAGCAUCUCGAAUGGGAAACCAUGAUAUGGCUCGCGAGCUAUACCAGAGUCUGCUCACACACGUGGCCUCUGAGCAUUUCUACUUCUGGCUGAACAGUCUGAAGGAGUUCUCCCUGGCUGAGCAAUGCCUGACCCUGCUGCAGGAAGAUGAUAUAGGCUGUGCCCUGACGUCCAUCGCUGACUCCCUGAAAUCCUACCACAAAGGAAUCGCUUCACUAACGGCCGCCAGCACCCCGAUGAACCCUCUCAGCUUCCAGUGCGAGUUUGUGAAGCUGAGAAUUGAUCUCCUCCAAGCAUUCUCUCAGCUCAUCUGUACCUGUAACAGUCUGAAGACCAGCCCCCCUCCAGCUAUCGCCUCCACAAUGGCCAUGACCUCCGGCAACGAUCUCCAGCGCUGUGGCCGCAUCUCCACCCAGAUGAAACAGUCCAUGGAAGAGUUCAAGAACCUUGCCACGUGUUAUGGUGAUCUCUAUCAGUCGUCUUUUGAUGCCGACACUGCAACGUUGAGAAACAUCGAGUUACAACAGCAGAGUUGCCUGUUAAUAUCUCAUACGAUUGAAGCUCUCAUCUUGGAUCCAGACUCUUGCAGUUUUCAGGAAUGCAGUUUCAGUGGAUCCAUACCAGCAGACAGCGAGUAUGAGCGCAGGAUGAUGUCAGUCUUCAGUCAGGUUCUGGAGGAAGUGGAGCUAUUGGGCAGAAAGAACCCACCGGUUUCUUACCUGCACACCUCCUGCCUGUGUAACGCUGCCAUCAACCUCCUGAAGGUGCCUCUCUCUUUUCAGAGAUAUUUUUUCCAGAAACUGCAAUCUACAAGUAUCAAGCUUGCCCUUUCCCCAUCACCACGCAAUCCCACGGAGCCCAUAGCUGUGCAGAGCAACCAGCAGAUGACGCUGAAGGUGGAAGGGGUUGUACAGCACGGCUCAAAACCAGGACUGUUCCGUAAAAUCCAGUCCGUCUGUCUCAAUGUCUCUUCUGCUCUGCAGAGUAAAGCAGGGCAAGAAUAUAAAGAGGCUGUGAGGAGUGAGAUGGAACAGAGGGUGGAACCUCACAAUGAUUACUUCAGUACUCAGUUCCUGUUGAACCUUACAGUCCUUGGAACACACCAAAUCAACGUAGAAUCUUCCGUUGUGGACUCCAACGGCAUACUGUGGAAAACUGGCCCAAAGACCACCAUUUUCGUCAAGUCUUUGGAAGACCCAUACAGUCAGCAAGUACGUCUGCAGCAACAGCAGCCCCCCCAGCAGCAACGAACAGCGUACUCCAGAUUUUAACAUGGUCAAAGACAGGAAGUUGUUGUUUUUUUAACUUGUAUCCAUCUGGUUUCUGUGUUUUGUGUGGAUGGGGAGGGGGGGCGGGGUUGCCUCUAAGUUUUGGAAAACUGAUUUUAUAUAAACCUCUUUGCAAAGUAUAACAAUAUUGUGUGUUGCAUUUUUUAAAUUUAAGGUAUCACUAAGAAGUGUUCUCCACCGCCAGCGUUACAGUGACGAUACAGAGAGAUUAUUUUAGGGGCAGUCUCCAGUUAAAAAAAUGUAUAUGAAAUUUUGUCAUUCCGCGGCAGUCAGUCAGCCAUAGUGGUCAGAGAAAUCCUAUAUUUAGUAAUGGGAACAAAUAAAAGACCUUAAAAGAU